AUGUCAAAGAUCUGCUUUGUACCUGACAUCAAAACAGAAAAAAUGAGCAUUUCCAUCCCUAAAGCUGGCCCCCAGGUGUUUGAUAUGGAAGGAGUUGAUGUCACUCCCAGACCUCUAUUCUAUUCAGACCCAAGUGUAGCGGCAAAGCCAAACAAGCUACUGACUUCACAGGAAGGAUCAACUUCAUCUGAAUUUAUAUCCUCCUAUAGCCUUUAUCAGAACACAAUGUAUCCUAGUAUGUUAGGGCAGUUCACAAGAUCAAUUUUAGGAAGUUCGUUUUCUAAGUCAACUGCAUCAACUAUUGAGUCAGAUGACCUAGAAGAACCAUCUUUCAAACGGGAAGGAUUACCUAGUUUUACAGAUUUACGAGUUAUAAGAUCAGCAGCACCUGGAAAAAUAACAAAACAAGAAUUGGAGGAGACUAUAGAUAUACUUCUCACAGAGACAGAAACAGUUAUAUUUUUUAACUUACCAACAGUCAUGUUUUCUACAGAUUCUGAAGAAACGGAAAAAAUUAUUGAGAAAAACAAGAAUUAUGAAACCCUUUGUAAAAAUAGAUUAGGCAAUGACUUAUAUGUUGAGAGAAUGAUGCAGACUAUUAAUGAACCAUUAAAGAACAAAGAUGUUCAAUGUGACAAAAUUCUAAAGGAAGAUAAAGGUGUAAUGUCGACUGCUUGGGAUAUAUAUGAUUCUUUUAAUGCUUUGGAGCUUUCACCUGUAACAGCAAGACGACCUAUUCUUGACUCAAGAAGCAAAGCAAGUUUAAAUGCUAAAGAUUGGGACCCACAAAUGCAAUCGACUACUACAGAAAAAAGCGGUGGAAGUUCUCUGAUGGAUAUAGAAAAUGUAAUUCUGGCUAAAAUCCAAAAUGAAGAAAUAAACCACAUAGAUGCAAUACUGAAAUCUGACAAGUUUCAGCAGAACUUAUUUUUCAUGGAGAGAGUUCUAAUGGAAAACAUAUUUCAGCCCAAACUGGCAGCUUACCGUCAACUUCCUGUAUUUAAAGAACGUGAACCUGGAGAGCCUGACAAAUUCUUAGGAAUUGAAAAUGUUGAACAGAUACCAGAAGAGGCAAAGAAAGAAGAGGAUGAAGAAAUACAAAGAGAGCAAACAAUACCAGCCAAUUUGGAACGGCUUUGGUCUUUUUCCUGUGACUUAACCAAAGGCUUGAAUGUGAGCAGCCUUGCCUGGAAUAAGACAAAUCCAGACCUUUUGGCUGUUGGCUAUGGACACUUUGGAUUUAAAGAGCAAAAGAAAGGAUUAGCUUGUUGUUGGUCAUUAAAGAAUCCCAUGUGGCCAGAACGCAUUUAUCAGAGUCCACAUGGUGUUACUGCUAUAGAUUUUUCCAUUGGGUCACCUAACCUUUUAGCAGUGGGACAUUACAACGGAAACAUUUCAAUUUAUAAUGUACAGAACAACAAUAGCGCCCCUGUUCUGGAUAGUAGUGAAUCACCACAAAAACACUGGGGACCUGUAUGGCAACUCCAGUGGAUAGAACAAGAUCGGGGAACAACAGGUGAUGACAAAAGAGAAAUACUAGUUUCCAUAUCAGCAGAUGGAAGAAUCUCAAAAUGGGUUAUCCGAAAAGGACUGGAUUCUCAUGAUUUGAUGCGUUUGAAAAGAACCUCUACUAUCAGCAAGAAAGGAACAGAAAAGGAAAAGAAAGGUGAAGCUUUGAUAUCUCGACAGGCUCCUGGAAUGUGUUUUGCUUUUCAUCCCAAGGACACAAAUAUCUACUUGGCUGGCACUGAGGAAGGUCAUAUUCACAAAUGCUCCUGUUCAUAUAAUGAACAAUACCUAGAUACCUAUCGAGGACACAAGGGUCCUGUGUAUAAAAUAACAUGGAAUCCAUUUUGUAGUGAUGUAUUCCUGAGCUGUUCUGCAGACUGGGGUGUUAUUCUCUGGCAACAGGAGAAUCUCAAGCCAUUUUUGAGUUUUUAUCCUACUACGUACGUUGUUUAUGAUGUUGCUUGGUCCCCCAAAUCGUCCUACAUAUUUGCAGCUGCAAAUGAGAGUAGAGUGGAGGUUUGGGACCUUCGUGUGAGCACUUUGGACCCUCUUAUUGUGUAUCUUGCUAACCCUGGAAUCAAGUUCACGACUGUGCUGUUUGCCAAGCAUACAGACUGUCUUCUCGUGGGAGAUAGUGAUGGACAGGUGGCUGUGUAUGAGCUAAGAAAUAUGCCUGUUAUUUCGGAUACUGGCCGGGGGGAUGCAAUAGACACUUUGCUUGGUUCCAAUUCAGACCUAAAAGGAUAA